UCUGAGCUAAACUUCACCAAAUAAUAGCUGUUUGUAUUUUGGCUGCCGCAGGAGCCAUUUUAGGAAACAGGCCUUGACCGUUGUCAGAGCUGCCCGGCCCCGGCUUUCCAACUCCCUCCUCUCCCACGGGGACGAAGGGAGUUGAUGGUUCCUGCUUCUCGCCUCCUACAUCCGUCUCCUCCUCCGUGUCGCCGCCUCCGGCUCGUCCAAACUCUCCCUUGCUGCAGUUUAAACCCAUCUCCUCUAGUUUGUUCCUCGGUGGACGUGGAAGACGAGCAAGCUGCUUCUUAGAAACACUUCUUAUCCUUGAAAACGGUUAUUAAGUCACCCUUUAGCCUUCUCUGUGCCAAGAAGCAGGCUUCUUCCUCCGGUUGCUGAUAAUGAAAAUACAGAAGAAAGAAAAGCAGCUGCCGAACCUCAAAGUGCUGAGUUGUUCCCCGAUGUCUGAUGUCUCCGUCCCCUGCGAGUAUAACCCCCAGUCCCCAUUUGCCAGCAGCACCGAUCAGGAAGAGAAAAUCACGGACUUGGCCAGUCACUGCCUCACUCAGAAGGACCUGUUUCCAGAGGAGGAGGACGAGGAGAAGGAGGAGGACGAGGAGGAAGCUGAGGACAACACCCUCUUCCCGAAGAAAAUGACCUCCCACAAUGGGACGGAGGACAGUUGGGGCGGGGGCACCGGGGUGAAGAAGAAACGGAAGAAAAAGGACUCCGGCGAGCAAGAAGGGGGAGAGAAGGGAGCCAAGGAUAGGGACCCGAAACCAAAGAGGAAAAGAGAACCUAAAGAACCCAGAAAGGCCAGAGAGCCUAAGAAGCCGAAGGAGCCCAAACAGAAAGAGGCGGUCAAGAGGUCCAGGAAACCCAGGGAGUCCAAAGUGUCCAAGGAUCCGAAAGACAAGAGGAGUAGCACGGAGGCGGCCCCCAAGAUGAGAUCGAAGAAGACCAGCAAGGAGCAAGGACCAACCCCGGUGGAGAAAAAGAAGAAAGGAAAGAGGAAAAAUGAGACUUCGGUGGAGAGUUUAGAGCUGGAUCAGGGUCUACUGAGCCCCUCCCUGCAGAACAUGGAGGAGUCUGCCGACAGUCAGAAGCGGCGCUCGGGACGGCAGGUGAAACGAAGGAAGUACAACGAAGACCUGGACUUCAAAGUGGUGGACGACGACGGGGAGACGAUCGCGGUCCUCGGGGCCGGGCGCACCUCGGCCCUCUCGGCUUCGACGCUGGCCUGGCAGGCGGAGGAGCCCCCGGAAGACGACGCUAAUAUAAUCGAGAAGAUCCUGGCAUCGAAGAUGGUCCAGAAGGAGGUUCACCCCGGUGGGCUUCCCUUCGACAUGGAACUGUUCUACGUCAAGUACAGGAAUUUUUCCUACUUGCAUUGCAAAUGGGCGACAAUGGAAGAGUUGGAGAAAGACCCCCGCAUCUCCCAGAAGAUAAAACGCUUCAGGAACAAACAAGCCCAGAUGAAGCACAUUUUUACCGAGAGUCGGAGCCCGAAGCCUGAUGAAGAUUUGUUCAAUCCAGACUACGUGGAAGUGGAUCGGAUCUUGGAAGUGGCCCACACAAAGGACUCAGAUACGGGGGAGGAGGUGACACAUUACCUUGUGAAGUGGUGCUCGCUGCCUUACGAAGAAAGCACCUGGGAACUGGAAGAAGACGUGGACCCGGUGAAAGUUAAAGAAUUUGAGUCCCUACAAAUCCUCCCAGAGAUUAAGCAUGUGGAGCGUCCAGCCUCCGAGUCGUGGCAGAAACUCGAGAAGUCUCGGGAGUACAAGAACAGCAACCAGCUCCGAGAGUACCAGCUGGAAGGGAUGAACUGGUUGCUCUUCAACUGGUACAACAGAAAAAACUGCAUUUUGGCCGACGAGAUGGGUUUGGGGAAAACGAUCCAAUCCAUCACGUUUCUCUCGGAAAUAUUCCUGAUGGGAAUUCACGGCCCCUUCCUCAUCAUCGCGCCACUCUCCACCAUCACCAACUGGGAGCGUGAAUUCCGGACGUGGACGGAGAUGAAUGCCAUCGUGUACCACGGCAGCCAGAUCAGCAGGCAGAUGAUCCAGCAGUAUGAGAUGGUCUACAGGGAUGCACAGGGCAACCCUCUCUCGGGAAUUUUCAAAUUCCACGUCGUCAUUACCACAUUUGAGAUGAUCUUGGCUGACUGCCCAGAACUGAAGAAGAUCCAGUGGAGCUGCGUCAUCAUCGAUGAAGCUCACAGGCUGAAGAACCGGAACUGCAAGCUUCUGGAAGGGCUGAAGCUCAUGGCCUUGGAACAUAAAGUGCUGCUGACCGGAACACCCCUGCAGAACUCUGUGGAAGAGCUCUUCAGCCUGUUGAAUUUCUUAGAACCAUUGCAGUUCCCUUCCGAAACUGCUUUCCUGGAAGAAUUUGGGGACCUGAAGACGGAAGAACAGGUGAAGAAGCUGCAGUCCAUCCUGAAACCCAUGAUGCUGCGGCGGCUCAAAGAUGACGUGGAAAAGAACUUGGCGCCGAAACAAGAGACGAUCAUUGAGGUGGAGCUGACCAAUAUCCAGAAGAAGUACUACCGGGCCAUCCUGGAGAAGAACUUCUCCUUCUUGGCCAAAGGGGCCAACCAGCACAACAUGCCCAACCUAAUCAACACCAUGAUGGAGCUGAGGAAGUGUUGUAAUCACCCCUACCUGAUCAACGGGGCAGAGGAGAAAAUUCUGGAAGAUUUCCGGAAGACGCACAGCCCCGACGCUUUGGACUUUCAACUGCAGGCGAUGAUCCAAGCAGCGGGCAAAUUGGUUCUGAUCGAUAAAUUGCUCCCCAAGCUCAUCGCGGGUGGACACAAGGUGCUCAUUUUCUCCCAGAUGGUGCGUUGCCUUGACAUCCUGGAAGAUUAUCUCAUCCAGAGGCGGUACACCUAUGAACGAAUCGACGGCCGAGUGAGAGGAAACCUGCGUCAGGCGGCCAUCGAUCGCUUCUGCAAGCCCGACUCGGACCGCUUUGUGUUCCUCUUGUGCACCCGAGCGGGCGGCCUCGGCAUCAACCUCACCGCCGCCGACACCUGCAUCAUCUUCGAUUCGGACUGGAACCCCCAGAACGACUUACAGGCUCAAGCACGCUGUCACCGAAUAGGCCAGAGUAAGGCCGUGAAAGUUUACCGGCUGAUAACCCGAAACUCCUACGAGCGGGAGAUGUUCGACAAAGCCAGCCUGAAACUGGGGCUGGAUAAAGCCGUGCUCCAGGACAUUAACCGGAAGGGCAGUACCAAUGGGGUGCAGCAGCUCUCCAAGAUGGAGGUGGAGGAUUUGCUUCGGAAGGGAGCUUACGGAGCCUUGAUGGACGAGGAAGAUGAAGGUUCCAAGUUCUGUGAGGAAGAUAUCGAUCAGAUCCUGCAGCGAAGGACACAGACCAUCACCAUCCAGUCGGAAGGAAAAGGCUCCACGUUCGCCAAGGCCAGCUUUGUGGCGUCUGGAAACAGAACGGAUAUUUCCUUAGAUGAUCCCAACUUCUGGCAGAAAUGGGCCAAGAUUGCCGAAUUGGACACGGACGCAAAGAACGAAAAGGAGAGCCUAGUGCUUGAUCGGCCACGUGUGAGGAAGCAGACAAAACACUACAAUUCCUUCGAGGAGGACGAGCUGAUGGAAUUUUCAGAGCUGGACAGUGAUUCCGAUGAGAAGCCCACCAGGUCACGGCGCUUGAAUGAGAAAACCAGACGCUACCUCCGCGCCGAAUGCUUCCGCGUGGAGAAGAACCUGCUCAUCUUUGGCUGGGGUCGGUGGAAGGACAUUCUGACCCAUGGUCGAUUCAAGUGGCACCUAAACGAGAAGGACAUGGAGAUGAUUUGCCGGGCUCUCCUGGUCUACUGUGUCAAACACUACAAGGGGGAUGAGAAAAUCAAGAGCUUUAUAUGGGACCUGAUCACUCCCACAAAGGAUGGCCAGAACCAGGCUCUCCAGAACCACUCAGGGUUGUCGGCCCCGGUGCCCAGAGGCAGGAAGGGAAAGAAGACAAAGAACCAGAUGCUGCUCCCCGAGAUCAAGAACGCAGACUGGCUGACCAGCUGCAACCCUGAAGUUGUGCUGCAUGACGACAGCUACAAAAAGCACCUUAAACAACACUGCAACAAGGUCCUUCUGCGAGUCCGGAUGUUGUAUUACCUGAAAGCCGAAGUACUAGGAGAAGUAGCAGAUAAAGCCUUUGAAGGAACCCCUGCCAGGGAGCUGGACGUUCUCCUACCGGAUAUUGACUACGUGGAGAUCCCAGUGGACUGGUGGGAUGCGGAGGCCGAUAAAUCCCUGCUCAUUGGAGUUUUCAAACAUGGUUACGAGCGGUACAACGCCAUGCGAGCAGAUCCAGCCCUUUGCUUCCUGGAGAAAGUCGGCAUGCCGGACGAGAAGUCCCUUUCAGCGGAACAGGGCGUCACCGAUGGAGCACAAGAUGUCGCCGAAAGAAGCAGUACGGAUAAAGAAGAGAGCUCUGAAGACAAGUUAGAUGGACUACAGAAACACUCGGAAAGUUCCAGUUCCUGUGGUGAAUUUGAGAAGAAAGAUGACCCCACGGCAGCCCAGGAUGGCUCCGACCCAGACAAAUCGCCCUGGCCCGUUGCCUCCGCCCUCACGGCCCGACUGCGACGCCUCGUCACCGUCUACCAGCGCUGCACCCGCAAGGAGCCCACCAGACCUGAGGUCCUGGUGCCCGGCAGCCAGGGCUAUUGGUUGCAAGAGGAGAUGUUCCGCAGAGCCUCCGAAUUGGACCCCGUCAGCAAGGAGAUCCAGAAAAGGUGGACGAGACGAGAACAAGCCGAUUUCUACAGAACCGUGUCCUCCUUUGGCGUGGUCUACGAUCAGGAGAAGAAGUCCUUUGACUGGACCCAGUUUCGCCUCAUUUCUCGUCUGGAUAAGAAGACGGACGAGAGUCUGGAGAAGUAUUUUUACAGCUUCGUGGCGAUGUGCAGGAAUGUGUGUCGCCUCCCUACGUGGAAAGAUGAUGGCCCCCCGGAUCCCGGGAUCUACGUGGAGCCGAUCACCGAGGAGCGUGCCGCCAGGACUCUGUACCGCAUCGAACUCCUGAGGAAGGUCCGAGAACAAGUGCUCAAGUGCCCUCAGCUGGCCGAGCGCCUCAAACUGUGCAGGCCCAGCCUCUACCUUCCGGUCUGGUGGGAAUGCGGGAAGCACGACUGGGACCUCCUGGUCGGCACCGCCAAGCACGGGCUGAACCGCACCGACUACUACAUCAUGAACGACCCGCAGCUGUCCUUCCUGGACGCCUAUAGAAACUACGCCCAGCACAAGAGGACCGGGGCUCAGGGCCCGGAAAGCCUCUGUUGCCUCUACCAGAGCAACUCCAAGCUGUACGAAUCCCUCACCUACCAUCCGAUGGAGAGGAUCCGGGAUCCGAUGGAGAACGAACCCGGGAAUCCGGUGACCGUGGACGGCACCGACGAUCGCCUCGGCCACCCCGAAGACAGCCCGCCGGAUGGGACCUGUGAGCACCUGAUUUCCAGAGUCCAGGAUAUCAUUUCCAUCCACCCCGGCGAAGGCUUAUCGCCCGGGGCCUACGGCGAGACGGCGUUCGGCGGAGAGCCGGGCUCGCUCGUUCGGGAGACCCGGGGCAACGCGGAGACCGAGAGAGAGGCCGUUGCCGGAUUAGGGAGCGGAGCCCUAGAGGACGGUCCGGGCGUCUGGGUGGCGAGGGCCACCGGAGACUCCUGCUUCCUUGGUUUGGAAGCGGGAGGCGAGCGGAGCAACAGUAAAGACGAGUGGCAGGUACCGCGGUCCUCUCCCGGGAAGGAAAGGACCCUCGACGAGAACGCCCCGACGCAGAGACCCGACCCCAAGAGGCCCCCCGAGGCCAAACGCAUCAGUAGGCGGACCCCCCCUCCCCGGGACCACGGGAGCCUAAGUGGGUUAGUGGAGAUCUGCAGCCUCAGUGUCUGUAAUUCGGAGAGGAAGCUCCCCUCGGAGCAGCAGUUCAUCGACCUGUUGGAAGACAAAGGCCUCGGAGGCACGCUGGUGCUGGGUCAGAGCCCCAGCGACGACGAGGACGACGAGGACGAGGAGGAAGAGGAGGACGAGGAGGAAGAGGAGGAAACGGGGGCAGCCGCCCUGAGGGAGAGACUGAGGGGAAGGCCGGAGGUUGCGAAACCGACCGACCCUAACGCCCCCGCUCCCGGGGGGCCGCACGGAGGUGCCGUGGGGGAGGAGGCGGCGGCCAAGGGAAGUGACCCCGAGCAAACAAACGGCGGCCCGGGGGAGCCGAGGUGCGUUGGUCGCGCAGCGUCCGAAUGUCACCGCCAACCGAUAGACAGGGGGAAAGCCGAGGGGGGAACCGAUGAAUCUGAGGGGGAGAGUCCCAGGGACUGGGACAGAGGCCGGCACAAAGGCAAAGCUCUUGACAAUAUCACUACACAGGGUGGCGCUGCAGCUGUCCCAUCAGAGCCCUUGAAUACAGACCUCCGGCUUUUCCCAGAAGAUCCCUGGGAGGCCAGCGCAGGAAGGAAGCCCCGUCGCACCGCGUCUCCUCCGGCGGGGAGCGAGCUGAAGCAGGAAGACGUGGAGUCGGAGAGCAGGGAUGACGGGGAGGAGAAGGACGGGAGCUGUCUGAGUCAAGAUUUCCCAGGGAAAUAUUUGGAAGAAGAAAGUAAAAGCUCCACUUCCGGGAUUGCAGGAGACAUCGGGGACGACUUUAACGACGGCAGAGCACCCACGAUCGCUCAGCUUCUCCAGGAGAAAACGCUCUAUUCCUUCUCCGAGUGGCCCAAGGACCGAGUUAUAAUUAACCGCCUCGAUAACAUCUGCCAUGCGGUCUUGAAGGGCAAGUGGCCUUCGUCCACCCAGCAGUACGAACCUCCGAGCACGUUGCCCGCCCCGGUGAUAAUGAGCGGCGGGGCCGUCCGGAACAGCCUCCCUGAUCCCAAAGCACCCAACCCCGGCUUCAGCAACGGCACCUUAGUUGCCCAGAUCCAGAAGGAGAGCUUCCUGGCUCCCAUGUUCACCAAGGAGGAACAGAAGCCCAGGCGGCCGUACGAGUUUGAGCUGGACAGGGACGCGAAGUCACGGAGCCUGGAACCGUUUCCCACCCCGCACGCCCACCAGCCCGUCGUGCUCAACGGCUGGCGAGGGGAAACGGCCCUAGACCUCUCCUGCACCCAGGACGGGUCCCCGGGGCCACCCCCGCCCUUCCCGGGAACCACCAGCACUCCCAAGAUCGGGGCCGUCGGCACCCUCCCAGGAUCCCUGGGCAUGGACCUGUCCGGGAUCCUGCAGGCCGGGCUGAUCCACCCCGUCACUGGGCAGAUCGUCAACGGAAGCCUCCGGAGGGACGACGCCGCCUCGCGGAGACGACGCGGGAGGAGAAAAAACGUAGAAGGAGGAAUGGAUCUCAUCUUCCUGAAGGAGCGAUCGCUGCAGGCCGGGAUUUUGGAGGUUCAAGAAGAUCAGACGCAGCCUGCCCCGUGCACCAUCCACCCGGACGGGCCAAUACCCGCUACCUCAAGCCCGCAGACGGGCCCCGCUGCCAGCGUCCCGGCGGAAAAAGCCGGCCCCAACAAAAGCCUCCUCGACUGGCUGAGGCAACAGUCCGACUACACAAUAGAAGUUCCUGGCUUUGGGACUAAUUUUUCGGACAAGCCGAAGCAGAGGAGGCAGCGUUGUAAGGAGCCCGGCAAAUUGGACAUCAGCUCACUGAGUGCAGAAGAGAGGGUGCCUGUGGGCCAUAAAGAGACAGGACGACGGGGGUUCCUGCCUGACAACAAGUUUAACCGCCUCCUGAGCGAGCCGGUCCCCCGACGGAGAGGGAGGCGGCCGCGCAGCGACCUGAUGAAGACCCCCGGACUGGUGGCGGCGGACUCCUCCUCCGGCAUGGGGCCCCUGUUCAUGAACGGACUGAUCGCCGGCAUGGACCUAGUAGGACUUCAGAACAUGAGGAACAUGCAGGGCAUCCCUCUGGCGGGGCUGGUGGGCUUCCCCGCCGGCUUCGCGGCGGUCCCGGCCGGGGAGGACGUCAAAAGCACCCUGAGCAUGUUACCCAUGAUGCUGCCUGGCAUGGCCACGGUCCCCCAGAUGUUUGGGGUGGGAGGCCUCCUGAACACGCCCAUGACCUCGGCCUGCACUUCGACCGUCCCGACGGCCCUGACAAGCACAACCAAGAGCGGUACGUCCAACUCGGACAAGGCCCCAGAAGACAAAGCGAGGAGCAGCCACGACGGCCCGAAGGAACCGCCUUCCGAAGACAAGGCCGGCCCCAGCUCCUUUUCCGACCAGCCCGAACCUGCAAUAACUCCCACCAGUACUCCUGUAGCUUUUAAUCCAUUUCUCAUCCCAGGAAUGUCACCUGGACUGAUUUACCCAUCCAUGUUUCUCUCUCCCGGCAUCGGCAUGGCACUGCCUGGCCUGCAGCCCACCAGACACUCUGAGACUUCGAGUCUAGAAAGCCAGAAGCGGAAGAGGAAGAAAGCAAGGGGGGACCCCCCCAAUCCAGACCCAGAGACUGCCUCGGGGUCAGAGAGAGAGCCCGGACAUGGUCAGAACUGUACAGAACACACUCCACCUUUGCCCACAGAUAAAGAACGGGGUGUACAAGCGGAGGAAAGCAAUUUAAAAGAAACUAUGACUCCCACCAAUUAGAACUUUUGUUUCAUUAAGAGAAA